GAGCAGAGAGAGAGAGAGAGAGAGAGAGAGAGAGAGAGAGAGAGGUGAGAGUAGAGUGAUGGGAGCCGGCUGAGGGAACAGGAGCGAGUGAUCACUCUCCGCGCUGCUGAUGUCAGGUACACAGAUGUGAAGGAUGACUUCUUGCCCAGAGAUCUGUGGGUCGGAGUACGGAGAGCAAGUUCAAGCCAGCGGGAACUGCCAGCAGUAUGGAGUCCGCUCCUACCUACACCAGUUUUAUGAGGAGUGCACAGCUUCUAUUUGGGAACGCGAUGAAGAUUUUCAGAUUCAGAGAUCACCUAGCAGGUGGAGCUCUUUACUCUGGAAGGUCUGUCUCGUGUUCGGCUCCCUGAUCUUGGUGUCAGGUUUCAUCAUUGUUUUGGUGGGGUACACCACUCCAACCAGGAUCGAGGCAUUUGGCGAGGAUGAUCUACUUUUUGUUGACAGCCAUGCUGUCAGUUUCAACCGCGCCCUGGACGUCUGCAAGCUGACGGGCGCCGUGUUGUUCUGCGUGGGCGGCACCUCCAUGGCUGUGGGCCUCCUGCUGUCAGCCUUUGCCAAAAGCUAUUCCAAAGAAGAAUUGUAUCUGCAGCAAAAGUUUAAGGAGAGGUUGGCAGAUCUGCACGCAACAGUUGGUACCCCCAUAAUGAGAGCACCCACCCCCGGCGAGGGAAAAGUGCCAGUCACGCUUUCCAAAGUCCAGAACAUCCAGCCAGCAAACUCAAAGUUGGACACCUGACAGUCGUCGACAUGAAGGCAUAAAGUGAAGAAGAGUGUAUGAGGAGUGAUUGGAGAGCAGACUAUGUGCGAGUGCGUAUACACACCUGUGGGUGUUGAUCUAGAUGUAUAUUUUCUCCUUUGAAAGGUCAACUUACAUGUUACUUAUUAUAUCGGUUCCUUGUCUUUAUUUGCCGUGUUUGACAUUGAAGUUUGAUUUUACGGUUACAUACAGUAGCUGCAGAGUUAAUAUAGAGACGAUCAAAAGGAAUAUCAGUUGCCUAAAACUCAUUGUUAUCUAACAAAGCACAUGCAGCUCUCGAGCCCUGCCCAGAAAACAAACCUCAGACACAAAUCAAUAGAACACGGCUGCUGAACAACAUAAUCGCAGCUUCCACAGAGCAUUUUCCUGCCGAGAGGAUUCACAUUAUAAAAAAACUGAAAAGGAGGGUGUUAGUGCUGGAGGGUGCAGAGCAGCAGAUGCAGUGUUGUUUGAAGUUAUUGCUGAUUGGGCCCUGUUCACUGAAAUGAUCAAAAGACGCACCAGGCCCGACAACCAUUAUUUCUGCCUGGUGACUAAAAGCAGAGACAGCAGAGUGUUAUUGUGGAAGCUAUACUCUUGUGUGCAUACUCUGUGUAUUUAUCCCUGAACUGUGAGCCAGACCCUGUCCAUCACGACCACACAACACGAAUACAUGUACUAUAACUGAUGAGUACAGAACAGAACAGAUAUUUCUGCAAGUAGUCAGAACAAAUUAGGCACAAGCUGAUUAGAACAAACCUUGCGGGUAGAUCCCACACUGACAUUUUCAUCUGUCUUGUUAGGCCUCUGAUUUUGUCUCCUCCAGUAAAUCCUCAGACAGGAUCGAUGAGACCGGACCAGACAGACCGAUGAAAGCUACAUUGAACCGGACAGAACAUGCAGAGCGGCACAGUCUGCCACUAAAUCAAACAGCUUAUACUUUCUGGGUGAGAUAAACAAGGCCUUCAUCAUGUCGUAUAUAGCAAACCCGUUCAUUCUCUGUCCCUCUCCUCCUGAGCUGGUCAAAGAGAUGGAGAUGGUGCGAGGGUGCGUGAGGAGAGACAACAUGACAGAUAUGUUACGUAACGGGGGGGGGGGAUGAGGAGAUUGUGAUUGUGUCUGACAGCGCUCACUGUUUACAUUGUGUAAAGUGAUAAUUCACAGACAAUGUACGGUCAUUAUAUCACUCGCAAACCAUAUCUGAGACAGAAAAUACAUCAAUAAGGUUUUUAUUUUAUUUCAUACAAGCUUGGCACAAGCUCGAGCUCACAUACUGUAACCGUAACUUUCAAGCACAACUGUUUUUGAAAACGUUCUCUCUUUAUGUUUCAUAAACAUGUGUUUUGAAUUUUUGUGACCAUGCCAUUUUAAAUGAUUAUUAUUAUUUCUUUUUGUUUUCAUUUUACAUGAAUUGCAACACACUGGACAUGGAUUCAAAAUCAUGUGUUACAGUGGUAGUUACUGUCCAAGUGCCAUCAAGCUACAUGCCUCCAAAUGUGUAUCGAUGCAGCAGCUCCUUCAAAUUCAUGCGGCAAGAAUGGUGGAUGCUCAUUGUAUGAAAUACUGUACUGUUCAUGUAACUUGACUUCUCACAGCCUCCGCUCCCGUCUUUACUGCCUUUCUUCUUUCACUUUGAGGAAUUCUGGAUUUUCAUUUCAACGCUUAAACAUAUUCGGCACAUUCAAAACAAACAAUUGUAGCUAGAGCUUUGAAGAACAACAUACUAACAAAGGAGAUGUUACAAAGGAACCAACUGUCAAGUAGAACAAUACAAGAAGAAAAACAAAGCUGCUGUAACCAAACACUCCAGUUGGGCCAGUGUUUAGUAAGUGGAUAAUAAAUGUGCUGACGUAUUGCUACAUGCUGUGAAUUUAAUUUUUUAUUCUUUAAAGCAACACUAUGAAACUUUUUUUGUACCUUAAAAUAGCAGCUUUAAAAUUAGUUUGACGGUUCACUGACUUGGAACAUUGGGAAGGUUGCCAGUUUCAUUCCAACUCCUCACCCUGAACAUCUGUUCUUGCCCUUUGUUACUUUUAGUCUGUGCUUAUAAUGAUAAAAUCAGGCCCAGCUAGUUCAAGAGUAAUGCCCAAUUGAAGAUCAGUUAAAAAGACUUAAAAAUAAUUUUCAAAACAGCGUUUAACGUCGAUAUUCUGUGAGGAAACUUUUGAAAUAAGAAAAAAACUUAAGAAUUCUAAUCAGUUUGGUUUUUGUUGUCUUUGGUUUUACAUUAAAACCACUUAAUCACUCAGACACGCAACCCCGACAGAAUGAUCACCACGUGUGGCUGCAGAGGGCGCUGUUGCUCAGUAAAAGUUACAUGGUGUUGCUUUAACCGACCUUAGUUUAAUUUUUUAUUCCAGCCCAGAAUCUGGGAGAUUUCUUUUCUGUUAUGUAUCUAAAAAAAAAUGCUUUUGAUCUUAUUUCCCUCUGAUUCUAUCUUCUACUGUCUCCUGCUGUAACAGUGGAUUCUCCCAGUGAAUAAAACAAGUCGACUGUACUUACUGAAGGUUGGAUCGGAUAAAGAACAAAUAUACAGACGGGUGACAAAGCAAAUACCGACAUAAUGUAUCUUGACGAGGCGUUGAGCCACCGGAGCAGAUUCAAUGGGCCUCGGCAUUGAUCCCACGAGUCUCUGAACUCUAAUGGUGGGAUUAUCACUGUGGUUCAAUGAGUGCUGACAAACAUAUCAGUGCCAAAUCUCCAUAGUUGUGUGUUUCAAAAGUUUUCAUCUAAACAUUCAGCGAUCCCCUUGCACCCUUUGGAUUGGGGGCAUUUUCAUACUGGAAGAGACCACUCCUGUCAGUAUGGACAUUUGUCCUCGUAGCAGAAAAGACCUCCUCUCACAAGAAAAUCCUUAAAAAUCCCCCGCAGUAUAACAGAGCCACCAGAUCCCCUCGCUGCAGGAGUGAAGCGCUCAUGCCUGCACCGCUCCGCUGCUGCUCUCGCCCACUUGUCGAGAACAUGGUGAAGGGUGAUUCAUCUGACCAUCCCCCCACACACAUAUCUGUAGAUCAGUGUCAAUAGUUUAUUUGCACCUCUAAACUCACAAAGGUGCUUUCAUCUUUUCAACGAGGAGUUUGAUAAUACCGCUCUACGCGACCGCCGACAGAACUGUUCUCCUGAACACGGUCCUGCAUUGACACUAUAAGACGAGGUUAUUUUUUCAUGUAUCACAGCAACUCACGAGCAUCACGAGCAUCAAAUGUGAGCUGUCACAUCACAAUUCCUGACCCUAGUUACUGACGUCUUUCCCGUGGAUCCAAACACAGAUGUCACGUAAUCACUGUCAUAUUGAAACACUGGCCAGUUGAGCCUUUUAACUGAAGCUCCUGCCAUCUGUGCCCUGACAAUAAACCCUCUGUCAAAGCGAAGAUCUUAUCCUCCUGCCAUCUUGAUAGAAAAAUCUGAAUUAACUGGUCCUGCUCAGCAUUUUGAAACAUGCCACAUGUGAAGUACAUACUCAUACUACUUAUAUAUACUUACACUUAUAUAUUUGCAUUCAUUAUCUUUCCCCACUCCACUUUAUUCAGAUUCUUCCUUUACGGUCCCAACAGUCACCCGUCUGUAUAUCGGUGUCUACAGAGAGUAUGUCUAUUUUUAAAGAACACAAUAAACCUGAAAUACCUGUAGUUUAAAAAA